AGUUGAAGUUUCUCUCGGUGGGGCCAGAUCUGAGCAUGUGGACCUUAUAAAACUCCUCCUUUGCCUGGGGCUGGAGCCCGGGGGGCUGGAGGAGAGCAGUCCCCAUUUCAUCCUGCAAGUGCUGAACACUCCAGGGCUCUCCAUCUCCUGCCUUCACCCCUCCAGGAACUGCUCAGAAAUCAGACCUGUGCAGACAGCUGAGGAUAAACACCCCUAAACACCCCUGUGCUGCUUCACGGACGCUGGCCCAGGAAGGGAAUGUGCUAACAUCUGUGGGACCUCCGGGCAGGAAUGAACAUGUCAGCCUUGGAGCUGGGGAGGCCGAGGAACUGCGCUGCUGUCCUUGGGUCGCUCCUCACUGCUGCUCUCAUCGUGACUGUCCACAGUCGCUGCGCUGCUCCGCCGCGGCUGCCGUCGGCAGAGCCCAGGGAGCAGCUGGAGGGCUCGGAGGUGUUCCCCCCUGGAUACAGGAUGGAGUUCGUGUGCCGGCCGGGCUUUGGGAGAAAGGCUUAUGCUUCCAACGUCCUCAUCUGUGGAGGGAACGGGAUGUGGCGCGGAACCGGCGACUUCUGCAUACCCAAGUCGUGCACCUACCCCGGGGAGCCGGACCACGGCAGACUGGUCAUGCCUGCAGCCUUCACCUUCGGCUCCACAGUCAACUUCACCUGCGACACUGGGUACAGACUGAUUGGACACUCUGAGAUUGAAUGUGUGGUUAGAAAUGAGGUUCUUAGGUGGAACAAGGAUAUUCCCAUCUGCCAGGCGAUUCCCUGCGCACCCCCUCCGGAAAUAGCGAACGGGCAGCACAGUGGGAUGGACAAGGAGCACUUCGAGUACGGGGAUUCUGUCACCUACCGCUGCCACAGCCCCAGGAGGGGACAGAGACCUUUCUCCCUGGUGGGAGAGGCCUCGAUUUUCUGCACAACCAGGGACAGCCUGAACGGCGUGUGGAGCAGCCCAGCUCCGGAAUGCAAAGUGGUGACCUGUGAGCAGCCCAGAGUGGAGCACGGGAAGCUGCUGGGCGGGUACCGGCCCCUCUACACCUUUGGGGACACCGUGGUGUUCGAGUGUGACUUUCGCUACAGCCUCAGCGGCACCGGGGCCUCCACCUGCAGGGACAGCGACCUCUGGGAGCCCCCCCUGCCCCUGUGCCAGCGCAGCAGCUGCGAUGACCCCCCAGACGUGAGGAACGCUGUGAAAGCCAGGCUGGCCGGGAACCUGUUCCCCGUGGACACCGUGGUCACCUACGAGUGCCAGCAGGGCCACCGCUUCAGCGUGGGGAAAGCCACCUGGAACAUCAGCUGCCUGCAGGAUUUCGUGUGGAGUGAGCACCCACCUCCGUGUGAAAGAAUUCCUUGCCCGGACCCACACAUCCCAAAUGGAAAACCCGUUUACCCGUGGCAAGUGAAAGAGGAUUAUGAGUACGGAGACAGGCUGGAAGUGGUGUGCACCAAAGGAUUUGCUUUCGAAAGCCGCGCCAGCAGCAUCACCCUGCGCUGCGGCAGCGAGGGUGCCUGGGAUCCAGCAGUGCCCGAGUGCAUCCCAGAACCUCAUUGCCCAGAGCCAGACAUCCCCCAUGGAAAAGAGGUGGAUAAAGGCAGGAGUGACUACACGGUGGGGGCGCGGGUGAGGCUGGAGUGUGAGGAGGGCUUUGGCCUCCAGGGCUCCGAGUCCAUCACCUGUGGGGCUGAUCUGAGCUGGGAGCCCGCGCUGCCCUUCUGUGACAAAGUCUGUGGGCCCCCUCCACAAAUCCCCUUUGGGCAGCACUCUGGCAGAGGGGGCAGGGAGUUCCCUUACGGCACCAAGGUGACCUACAAAUGUGCAGAGGGUCUGUCCCUCAUCGGGGACGAGUCCCUCUACUGCACCUCCGAGGAUGGGGAGAGCCUGGAGUGGAGCGGACCUGCCCCGGAGUGCAGGGCGGUUCGGUGCCCCAAGCCCGUGGUGCAGAGGGGCAGGGUGAGCCCACAGCGGUUCACCUUUCCCUACGGGCUGCUCCUGCGCUUCUCCUGUGACGAAGGCUUUGGGCUGAGCGGCGCUGCCCAGAGCCAAUGCCAGGCUGAUGGCACCUGGGACCCGCCCGUGCCCACCUGCCAGCCAGUUCGCUGCCCCAAGUCCCCGACGCAGGAGGACGUUGUGGUUCACUUCAACAAGCUGUGGUACGAGGUGAAUGAGACGGUGCUCUUCCGCUGCAAACGUGAUGGGUUCUCAGGGACAGCCUCCAAAACCACCUGCUCGGCUGAUGGCACCUGGACACCACCUCCCAUGUGUAAGAAGCCUGAUGUGUGUGAGAGGGCUCUUCGAAACAAAGCAGCUUUCCAGUGUGGAAUUCCUCUGUCAGACCUGAAAACCCUGCUGGAAGUCCAGAAACUCUACCUGGAGAUCCAGAAACUCGAAAAGGAGCUAAAAACCACCACCUACAGUGACUGCGGGCCCCCUCCUGCCAUGACCCACUCCAGGCCCUCCAGCAGCUCCAGCAGCUUCCCGGUGGGAUCCAGGGUGACCUUCACCUGCGCGGAGGGCGCCCGCAGGAUCCCGGGGCUGCCCGACACCAUGGAAUGCCUGCCCGGAGACAUCUGGUCCAGACUGCCCGAGCCCUGCGGCCGGAGCUGCGCUGCCCCGACCAGGCUGAGGUUUGCUGCCCUGUCCAAGAAGGAUGAGAUGAGGAAUUUCUUCCCCGUUGGCAUCAACGUGAGCUACGUGUGCCGGCUCGGCUACGAGAACACCUCGGAGAGUUCCCCCUCCAGCACUUGCCUCGAGAACCUGACGUGGUCACAGCCCGCCGAGCUGUGCAGGAGGAGGUCCUGCAGCGCCCCGGCAGCGCUGCCCGGGGGCAGGACGGGGCCGCUGACGGAUCUGCAGCUGGGAGCACGAGUGGAUGUGUUCUGUGAGGAUGGCCACGGGAAGCACGAUGGGGAAGGCGUUGAAACUUUUGCUUUUAACGCCACGGUGACCUACAGCUGUGACCCCAACUUCCAGCUGGUUGGGAACGGGAGCAUCCAGUGUCCUCAGGGAAGUGGGAUGCAGCUCUCCAAGAAGGGCCUCAGGUGGGAGAUGAAGCUCAGCCUCUAUAAAAAGGCGCUGCAAAACACCAUCUCCUCCCAAUCUUCCUCUUUCUUCAGGAAACCAGCUCGGACCGGCCCCGCGGGAGUGACUCGGGGCACUGCCGGGGGACCCGCGAUGGGCUCCGGCCGCCGCUGCUCGCUCCUGCUGGUGAUGCUGGUGGUGCUGGUGGUGCUGGUGGUGCUGCCCGCGGCGUGGGGGGACUGCGGGCCGCUGCCAAACAUCAGCCACGCCGAGCCCCGGGGGGACAUCAAACACCAGCAGAGCUUCAGCGUGGGCUCCACAGUGACCUUCGGCUGCGUCCCGGGGUACACCAGGCGCCCCUUUCUCUCCGACACCAUCCAGUGCCUGCCCAACUCCCGCUGGUCCAGCCCGCCCGACUUCUGUGGCCGCAGCUGUCCCAGACCGCCAUCCACGCCGUUUGCUGCCAUCUCACCACAAGAUCAACAGCAGAAUUUUUAUGCCGUUAACACCACAGUGAGGUACAUCUGUCGCCAAGGUUUUGAAAACACCACAGACCAGCCCCCCACCAGCACCUGUUUGGACGACUUAACGUGGACAGAAGUUCCUAAACUGUGUCAGAAGAAAUCUUGUGGUGCUCCAGCCAACCCAGAACAUGGCCAAGUCACCAUAAAAGAUCACCAUCUGGGUGCAACAGCCAAAGUGGUCUGUGACCGUGGGUACAGAUUAAAGGGAGAAUCACCUUCCAUCAGGUGCAUCCUACAGGGAAACAAAGCUGUCUGGAGUCCUCUUCCAGCUUGUCAGGUGAUUUCCUGCCCCCCUCCUCCAGCCAUUCCCCACGGGCAGCACAGUGGGAACAGCUCGGGGGCGUUUGUGUUCGGCUCCGUCGCAGCCUACACGUGCGAGCCGGGGCUGGAGCUGGUGGGAGAGGACACCCUGCUCUGCACCACGGACAGCGGCGACAACGGCACCUGGAGCGGGGCCCCUCCCUCCUGCCGGGUUAAAACCACAGCAGAGACAAACCAAACCAACCCCUCAGAAGAGAACCCUUACUGGCUGGCGAGCAUCCUCAUUCCGAGCUGCAUUGUUCCCCCAGUAGUCCUUGGAAUUCUGGCUGGGAUCAUCAUGAGGCGGAAGGAGAGUGAAAAGCACUCUUACAACGUGAAUUUUCAAAAGCACGAGAUGAAGGGAAGGGAGGCAGUGAUGCACCCGUGGGUUACAGAGGAGAAGAAGCAGCUCAAGCUCUGGAAUUCCUAUUUUUGCCACAAAGGGAACUGCCACGUGUGUACCAGCUGUGAGGAGCAGCUCCACGGUGACCUGGCCCCUCUCUCGGAGCCCACACGCCACGGCUGCGCCUCCUGCCAGGACUGGCUGAGCUCCCAGCCCCAAAGACCCCGCACCUACUCGGUGCCCAGCGUCGGUGAUGGGGACAGCUGGAGCCCAGCAGGCAGCAGCUCUCCUGCCGAAGCUGUGGAUGUGCUGAGGGGAAAUGGCACAGGAGAAGCUGCUCCAGGGUGGAGUGAGGCAGAGCAGCCCAUGGACCACCAAAGUGACCACAUCUGCCCCAUCUGUGAGAGCUGGCUCCGUGCCCACACUGGCCAGGGUGACAGCAGUGCUGUGACACCGGCGGAGUGGCAGGACAAGGGCCCACCCGGCUCCGUCUGCCCUCCCUGCUUGGACCGGCAGCUGCUGUCCCUGGUCCAGGGGGACACAGCCAGCAGCCCCGUGUGUCCCCUGGCCGGGGAGGGGACCCCGGCACACCUGGCCCCUCUGCACAGCCCCGGCUGCCACGUCUGCCCCGUGUGCUCGGCGCCCAGCCACGCUCACCUGUGCCAGCCCCAGCGCCUGGCACCCGAUGGUGCCCAGUGCCGGUUCCCAGGCAUCCAGCAUGGGACCGUGUCCCCUUUUCGCUACUACUACAGGAUACUGGACACCGUGACCUUCACCUGCCACCCGGGGUACACCCUGCGGGGCCCCAGCAGCAGCACCUGCGAGUCUGGCUCCAGGUGGAACCCCCCUCUGCCAGAGUGCAAAAAGGAGGUGACAUGUCCUCGGCCACCCAACAUCGCCAACGGGCUGCACAGCGGCCAGUCCUCGGCCAGGUUUCCCCGGGGAGUGACCGUGUCCUACAGCUGCAAGGAGGGCUUCCAGCUGCUCGGGAAUGUGUCCACCACCUGCUCGGACUCCGGGCUGUGGAGCCGGCCCCUGCCCCGCUGUGAAGCGAUCGGCUGUCAGGCACCCGAGGUGCGGAACGGGAAGGUUCACAACGUGCGGAGCGCCUACGCAGCUGGAGAGACUCUGCACUUUGACUGUCACCCCGGGUAUGCAGCGGAGGGCUCCGAUGAGGCUCGGUGCCAGCCCGGGGGCGCCUGGGACCCGCCGCUGCUCGUGUGCCAGAGGGUCCGGCCGUGCCCGACGCCUCCGGAGGUGGCCAAUGGAAAUCACAACGGCCAGGACAAAGCAGGUUUCACCAUGGGGAUGUCUGUAAGGUACACCUGCAAUCCCGGCUAUUACCUGGUUGGAAACGCCGCCGUGACCUGCAGAGUAUCGGGGACCUGGAGCCAGCCCCACCCUCGCUGUGAAGAGGUGACAUGUCCUCGGCCACCCAACAUCGCCAACGGGCUGCACAGCGGCCAGGCCUCGGCCAGGUUUCCCCGGGGAGUGACCGUGUCCUACAGCUGCAAGGAGGGCUUCCAGCUGCUCGGGAAUGUGUCCACCACCUGCUCGGACUCCGGGCUGUGGAGCCGGCCCCUGCCCCGCUGUGAAGCGAUCGGCUGUCAGGCACCCGAGGUGCAGAACGGGAAGGUUCACAACGUGCGGAGCGCCUACGCAGCUGGAGAGACUCUGCACUUUGACUGUCACCCCGGGUAUGCAGCGGAGGGCUCCGAUGAGGCUCGGUGCCAGCCCGGGGGCGCCUGGGACCCGCCGCUGCUCGUGUGCCAGAGGGUCCGGCCGUGCCCGAUGCCUCCGGAGGUGGCCAAUGGAAAUCACAACGGCCAGGACAAAGCGUUUUUUACGUUUGGAAUGUCUGUAAGGUACACCUGCAAUCCCGGCUAUUACCUGGUUGGAAACGCCGCCGUGACCUGCAGAGUAUCGGGGACCUGGAGCCAGCCCCGCCCUCGCUGUGAAGUGACUGUCUGCAUCAAUCCAACCGUAGCCAAUGGAAGGCAACUUGGUGGCCACGGACCUCUCUCUGCACCCGGGCAAACGGUGACAUUUCGGUGCCACGAUGGUUACAGCCUGCAGGGCAGUGCCAGCGUGUCCUGCCAGGAGGAUGGCAGCUGGCAGCCCCCUGCUCCUGUGUGUGACAGAGCACUGCCUCACCAGAACUCCUUCAACAGCUCUUCAGGUGCUUGUGCUGCUCCCACACGGUUACAGUUUGCUGAGCUAAAUGAGGAGCAUAGAAAUGCCAUUGAUUUUUCUGUUGGGAAGACUGUGCAAUAUCCAGGUGGCAAGACUUGCCGCCCUGGAUAUGCUAAAGUCCCAGGAAUGUCACCCUGUAUUAUGACAUGCCUUGAGAGCGGAGUGUGGUCAGAAGAAGUAGAGUUCUGUAAAAGGAAGCAGUGCAGUCACCCUGGUGAGCCUGUGAAUGGCAAGAUCAUUUCCUUGACAGACCUCCAGUUUGGGUCUACAGUGGUUUAUGGCUGUGAGGAAGGGCACAGGUUAAUUGGACGUUCCAGCAGGAGCUGUGAGAUCCAUGGGGGACAUGUUGCCUGGAGUGGUGACGUUCCUCUCUGUCAGCGCAUCCCCUGCGAGCCCCCUCCGGACAUCCCCAACGGGCGGCACACGGGCCGGCUGCUGAGCGAGUUCCACUACGGCACGGCCGUCACCUACACCUGCAACCCCGGCUUCCCUCUGCACGGGGAGCCCUCCAUCCACUGCACCACCCGCGACGGCACAAACGGCGUGUGGAGCGAGCCCCUGCCGGCCUGUGGAGUGGCGAGCUGUCCUGUCCCACAGAUCCAGAAUGGGAGGAUCGUGGCUCUCAGGUCUGCCUACACACACGGGGACACCGUGACCUUCGAAUGCGACCCAGGCUACGCCGUUCGUGGCCACACAGAGGUCCAGUGCCAACCAAACAACACCUGGGAGCCGCCUGUGCCAGCCUGCGAGCAGGCUGGCUGCAGAGCCCCUGCCAGGCUGGGCUUUGCCGAGCUGAAGGAGCCCUACAGGAUCCGGACGGUGUUUCCCGAGGGCAGCAGGGUGGAAUACGUGUGCCUGCCCGGCUACACCCAGCUCCCAGGGGUGUCACCAGCCAUCACCUGCCUCAGGAACCAGACGUGGUCUGCAGCGCUGGAGUUCUGUCAGAGGAAGCAGUGUCCCAGCCCAGGGAACCCAGCGAAUGGCAGAGCUGUUGUCCUGACAGAUCUCCUCUUCGGCUCCAAAAUUAAUUACACUUGUGACAAAGGGUACAAGCUGGUUGGAGACUCCCAGAGAAUUUGUGAGCUCUCUGGCACACGUGUCUCGUGGAGUGGGGAUCCUCCUGCCUGCCAGCGAAUCAGCUGUGCUGCCCCUCCGGCCAUCCCCCAGGGGACACACACCGGGGGCUCCAGGGACACCUUCUCCUUCGGCGACGUGGUCACCUACAGCUGCGCCUCGGGGCUGGCCCUGCUUGGGGACGCCUCCCUGUCCUGCACCUCUGCGGACGGGGAGCACGGCACGUGGAGCGGGGCAGUGCCACGGUGCCAAGAGGUGAGGUGUCCUGCCCCCCCGAACAUUGCCAACGGGCAGCACAGCGCCAGCCCCGGGGCCAGGCACGGCCUGGGCUCGGCGGUGCUGUACUCCUGCGCCGAGGGCUACGCCCUGGUGGGGAACGCCUCCAUCCACUGCACUGCCAAGGGAACCUGGAGCCGGCCCCAGCCCCGCUGCCAAGUGCCGCCGUGUCCCUCCCCUCCCAUUAUCAGAAAUGGCCAGCACGACAGCAAGGGUGUGGUGGAGUUCAUCCCUGGCAUGUCAGUGAAGUACUACUGCGACCCGGGGUACGUCCUCACCGGGAAAACCAUGGUUUCCUGCUUGCCAUCGGGAGUCUGGAGCAUCCCUUACCCCCGGUGCGAAGUGAUCACCUGCAGCAGCCCCAGCAUCAAGGACGGGGAGGUGGCUGAAGGCCAGAGGGCUGUGUACCACCCCGGGGACAACGUCACCUUCCAGUGCCACCCAGGCUUCGUGCUGAGGGGCAGCCGUGGGGCCAAGUGCCAGCCCGACAGCCGCUGGGUGCCUGCUGUCCCCACCUGCCAGCCAGUGGUGCUCUGCCCUCCGCCCCCCGUCAUCGCCCACGCCACGCUCAGCACCGAGCCGGGGGUGAACUUCACCAGCGGCACCUCCGUGAGCUACAGCUGCCAGCCCGGCUUCUCCCUGCUCGGGGACCCCGCGCUCCUGUGCACGGCCUGGGGCAACUGGAGCCUUCCCUACCCACGCUGUGCAGCCGGCUGUGGCACACCGACACCGUUGCUAUUUGCUGAGCUAAGCGAGGAAUAUGAAAAUCAGACUGAGUUUCCUGUUGGGAUGACUGUGAACUACACUUGUCGGCCUGGAUAUGUGGAACAGCCACAGAUAUCACCAAUUAUCACAUGUCUUGAAAAUCUAACAUGGUCUGAAGCCCAGGAGUUUUGCAAAAUGCUGCAAUGCCCUUCACCUCCAAAUAUUGACAAAGGAAAGCACAACAGCCAGGACUUGGAGGUUUUUCCCACCGGGAUGGUUGUGAACUACAGCUGUGACCCUGGCUACAGCCUGCUGGGAGAGGCUUCCAUCUACUGCACCGACUCUGGCAACUGGAGCCUGCCUCUCCCUCAGUGUGCAGGUGGCUGUGGUGUACCUCCAAACCUCACCUUUGCUGAGCUAACCAGGGAAUACAGAAAUCGGACGGAAUUUGUUGCCGGGGACACUGUGCGUUACAGCUGCCGGCCGGGACACUCGAGGCGCCCCGGAGUGCCCCAAACUCUCACUUGCCUCCAAAACCACACGUGGUCUGAAGCCCUAGAGUUCUGUAAAAGGAAGCAGUGUAAGCACCCAGAACCCCCCAGGAAUGGCAGAGUUGUUGUUCUGACAGAUCUCCUUUUUGGGUCAACCGUGAACUACACGUGUGACGAAGGGUACAGACUGGUUGGACAACCCCAGAGGAGAUGUGAGAUUCUGGGCCGAGAUGUUGGCUGGACUGGUCUGCCUCCCAUCUGUCAGAGGGUGGUGUGCCCAGCCCCACAGGUCCCGAACGGGAGGGUGGCUGUCCCCAAGCCCCGCUACACCUACAGGGACUCUGUCACCUUUAAGUGCCGCAGAGGCUUCACCCUGCGAGGCCACCCCACGUCCCAGUGCCAAGGGGACAGGAGGUGGCACCCACCCGUGCCUGUCUGUGAGCGGGAUGGAGCGGCAGAACGUUAUCACCACCCUGAAACCACAACAAAGCCAGGGCUGCACUGCUCCAAGCCCGCGGAUAUCACCCACGGGUCUUUCCGCGGCCCAGGAAAAACAGUUUUUACCCCGGGAACAUCUGUAAACUACAUCUGUGAGCCUGGCUUCUCUCUCCUGGGAACAGCAUCCAUUUAUUGCACAGCAUCCGGAGCCUGGAGCCAUCCUCCUCCCGUCUGUCAAGCCGCGAAGUGUCUGCAGCCUCCAAACAUCACCAACGGGAGGCUCAAAGGCAACGCCUCUGCCGCCUUUCCCUCCGGAGCCGCGGUGUCCUACAGCUGCAAUCCCGGUUACUCGCUGGUCGGGAACGCUUUCAUCAACUGCACGGCGUCGGGAGCCUGGAGCCAGCCCCUCCCGCGUUGCAAAGAGAUCAGAUGUGAAUUCCCGGAUGUCCAAGGUGUUAAAAAAGCCAUUAAAGGAAAUACUUAUCGCUCUGGGACUAACAUCACCCUUGAAUGUGACGAUGGUUACGUGCUGGAAGGCAUCAGUCACACCCAGUGCCAAGAGGAUUUCAGCUGGGACCCUCCCGUGCCCGCCUGUAAACUGACGUCCCCCAAGUCCGGGUCAGUAGGCCUAGGAGUGGCAGCUGCGGCAGUUCUGGUACUCCUGGGGGCAGGCGUUGUCUGGAAAAUAAUUUCCAAGCAGAAGGAAGGCUAUUAUCGUACAUAUGAAAACUAUAAUUACAGAACCCCCCUGAACCCAGAUACUGAACACAAAGGCUCGUGUCUGCCAUCGUGGAAAUUAACUCAUGACAACAGAGCGGCUCUGCCCGCGACCCGAGCUAACCCCGCGCUCCCGUGUGUGAGCCCGGCUCGGGGAGCAGCACGCUCCGUGCAAUACCGGCAGUCCCGGGGGUGCCGAGCCGCCCGAGCUGUCCCCGCUCCGCUGAGGGCCGCGGCGGCCGGGCCCGGCCAUGGCAGCGCGGCGCUGAGGGCGGGCCGGGCCGGGCCGGGCCGGGCGGGGCGCGCAUGCGCAGCCGGGCCCGCGCUGCGUCUCCGCCGCCGCCGCCGGGAGCGAGCGGAGCGGAGCGGCCGCAGCCGCGGCCCCGCUGCGGGGAUGGGGCAGCGCUCGGCGCCGCUGCCGCGCUCGGUGCUGCUGCUGCCGCCCGUGCUGGUGCUGUGGCAGCUCGGCGGAGCCCAGGCUCAGGGCACGUGUCCGGUUCCCGAGCGGUUGCAGUACGCAGAGCUCGACCAGCCCUUCAGGGAAAUGAAGGAUUUUCCAGUUGGGACCGAAAUCUCCUUCACCUGCCGGCCGGGAUACGUGAGAGCCCCAGGGGUGGCACUGACCCGGACGUGUGGCGCUGACUUGCAGUGGUCACCCACGGACGUGUUCUGUAAAGAGAGAAGGUGUGAGUACCCAGGAGACUUGGAAAAUGGUUACUUUAAUCCAGGAGAUCUUACAUUUGGUUCAAAAUUGACAUUUGCUUGUAAUGAAGGAUACAGAUUACGGGGUAAUGAAGAGAUUUCCUGUAACAUCAAGGGUGGAGGCGUUGGGUGGAGUGGAACUCUACCGUACUGUGAAAAAAUUCCUUGUGAGCCGCCUCCCAAAAUAGCCAAUGGGGAGUACGAGGAAAGAGCCAGCUACGAGUACCAGAGCUCAGUGACCUACAGGUGUCGGGAUGUUCCCAGGGGCAGCGAUCCCUUCUUCCUCAUUGGCACAAGCACCAUUUACUGCACGUCUGACGCUCACUCGAACGGGGUUUGGAGUGCACCGCCUCCGGAAUGCCGAGUGGUCAAAUGUGAAGACCCCAAGGUUGAAAAUGGGAGAAAAACGUCUGGAUUUGGAUUUCCCUACAGGUACAAGGACUCAGUUGUGUUUCAGUGUGAUCCAGGCUACGUCAUGAUUGGAGCAGACGUAAUUAGCUGUGGAGAAAAUAACGCCUGGGUCCCUCCAAUACCAACCUGCAAGAAAAUUAGUGCAGCUGAGUGUCCUGCCCCGAAGAUCCCCAACGGGGUCCUGGUUCCAGACAGACGUGUCUAUGGAAGAGGGGAGUCUGUCCAGAUCAGGUGCAAUCCUGGCUGCUCCUUCCCUGAUGGCUCUGCAGAGGUGACAGUCACCUGUCAAGAACAGAGUUCCUGGGGUGCUUUACAGCACUGUGCCUGUGAGCCUGAAGGUUCUGGUUCCACACCAGUCAUAAGUUAUGGGAGAGUGACAGCUGGACAAAAACCCUCCUACUCCGUGGGGGAUUUAAUUACCAUUGAGUGUUACCCGGGGUACACCUUGCACGGGGAGGCUCAGAUCCGGUACAUUGGGAACAACCAGUGGGCGCCUGCGGUGCCGACCUGCCAGCUCAGUGGAUAUAUUAUAGCCAUCAUCUGUGUGAUUGUGGUAGUUGUGCUGCUCCUGGCAGCCUUCUGGAUCUACAAGAAAUUCUUCUCACAGAACGGUUUCUUUCAGGGGAGCAACUCAAAGCCUUUCAUGGACUUCACGGUGCUUUAUAGAUUCCAUAGGAGACAAAGACAGAAAGGGAAUCCCUGCCUUCCCUGUGAAAGGGAACUUCCUCUCUACCCUGAGGCCUUCAGUCUGCAGGAACAAGGUCUGGUGCUGCGUGGGUCAGCUGUGGACAGAUGUGCUCUGACUUGCACUGGGAGCCACUCCUCAGCUUGGAACACUCGGUGUGUCGGCAGCACCGGCCUGGGCUGAGGGGAGGCAGGGCAGGGGCUGCACUGCGUAGGAAAAUCUGUAUCUGUGCCUAGGAGAUGGCUCUGGAGAUGCCGCUGCUCUUACGGGCAGCAAAA